AUGCCGACCGUUCAGCCCCGUCCCCCUGCCUCCGUCGCGGCGGCGUCGACCAAGUCGACUCAGUCAGCACCACCGGUCGCUUUUCAGCGCCCAGUCCCACGUCCACGUUUCUGGACCACCCCCAUCCCACGACAAACCCAAGCCAUGGGAUAUCAUCGCAAUCUAUCACCAACCGGCGGAAAAGGCCAUUUGACCGGCCCGCGGGCUUCCACCGGCAUGGUCCAGCUCCCCUCUUCUGCUUCCUACGAUCCCUACGAAAACCCCAGACGCCACUUGGACUAUGACGAUUAUUACCCCUCAGAUGUUGGUUAUGGUACCCACCGCUACCAGCCCAGGCAUCGCUCAACUGUCGACAUCCAGCCGACUUCCUCCCAGACAUACCGUGACUCUGGUCACUCCAAGAGACGCACAGAGUAUGCUAUUCAGCCUCACAGCUCGAGUCAGAGCCAACCUCAGACUCGACACUCUCGCAGUCGUAGCAACACCACCACCACUUCUGCAACAGAUCUGCAUAAUCACCCGCUCCGUAUUGCAGUGCCCUCGGGCUCCCAUCUUCGAUCGGCUACCGCAGGUCGGAUUGCCAGUCCUCUUCUCACGGAAUCGGGCCAUCUCGUCCAAUCGCCUUCUCACCAUGGCGGUCAUCACCGUCGGGUCUAUAGUAACACCGACUAUGCAAGCGACACUGGUCGCUUAGAAUCCCGCGAAAGUGACAGACAUGCAUCUCACGGCUCGCGUCGAGUCCACCCCCCGCCCGGACACCGACGAUUCCCUCCAUACGAUGGCCUCAAGAAGGGUGAUGACAUUGAUAAGUACGAUGCUUACUCUUAUACCAACCCACGAGAGCAAUUUGAUCGAGAUUACCCUGUUCAACCCCGGCAUCCGGCCACCCGGUCCUCUGUUGACCGGCCUCUCAGUAUGAACGUGACGGAUGAGCAUCCACAGUAUAUGCCUCGCAAGGAGCGCCAUCAUGGUCCUCCUCCCACCUCCUGGGGAUUUGACAAAAUCGAACGUGAGAAACGACCCCACAGAGAUUCCUCUCGGACUAGAGAUACAUCUCGGACCAGGGACACUUCUCGAACUAGGGGCAGCGGUCAUGACCGGUCGUUGGUCGUUAGACCUCAGGAUUCGGAUGAUGGCUAUGAGUCUUAUAAUGAUCCCCACCGUCGCUCCCAUCAUAGCCGAUCGCACCGCGAUAAAGACCGAAAUUCGCGGGAUGAUCGCUCCCCGCGACCCCAUAACGGCAAUGGUGAGAUGGCCCUGGCAACGGCUGGACUAGCAACGGCUGGACUAGCAACGGCUGGACUAGCAACGGCUGGACUAGCAACGGCUGGACUAGCAACAGCUGGACUAGGAACGGCAGCUUUGGGUGCUGGCUACUCUGACCUGUCGGACUACGAUCAUCGGUCAAGAAACAAAACUAGACGCUCACACGACCCAGAGCGUGACUACGAAGCUCCAAAGCCUUCAUCCCGAGACCUGACCACUAGAGGCCUCGAAGUUGCAGCUCCAUCGAAUCCUGAGAAAAAGAAACAACAAUAUCUAGAGCCGAGCGACCACCACCGCAGUCGACCCCGCAGGCGCUCGGGACGUCGCUCAGAGAGUGACUCUGAGGGAUACACUGAUGAUGAUGAUCUUCGGAAGUACCGGCAUGAACCAUCUGCCACUCCUCGUCGCCGACACAGCAGUACCGAUACGAGCAGCGGCGAUGAGCGAUCCAGGCGUCACCCUCGAGACCGUUCCCGCUCUCAUCAUCGGUCUUCUCGGUCCCAGCGUAUGCUGGAGGAUCAUCGUUCAAGUGUGUCUUCCCACCCAUCCCCCUCGCAGAGCAGAGACGAUGUGAGAAAGCCCAUCACCGUCGAACCGGCUGCCCAAAAGGAGCCAGAAUCUGCCCCUAGGGGUAUCCUGAAGGCCCCUCGCCAGAGUUUCCCCGAGGAGCCCAACCCCAUUAGAGAGGGCGUGGCUCCCCUGAAGGAUGCCAACAAGCAGGGUAUUCCGCCUGACGCGCGGUGGACAAAGAUCGAUCGGAGAUUGGUGAACCCGGAGGCCUUGGACGCAGGGAACGAGCGGUAUGAAGAACGGUCGGAGUAUGUUAUUGUAUUGAGGGUAUUGUCGAAGGACGAGGUCCAGAUGUAUGCUGUGAAGACUCAGGAGAUCCGAGGUAAGUCUCUUUCAACAACUUUCGAGAAUCCGGUUUUUGGACAGCCACUCACCAAGUACGCAACAGAUGCCCGCCAUAAGGAACAGAUCGAGGACAAGCGUCGACGAAUGGAGGAGAAUCAACGCCGCGGUCACCGUGGCGCUGAAUCGUCUAGCGAUGAUGAGGAUGAAGGAGACGAGCCGUUGAAGAUUGAAGCGCCCCCAGUUGAAGAGCAGAGACCUGCUCUCCCAACGCGCCCCCAUCCGGCGCAGCCCCAUCCAACGCAUCCUCAUCCAACUCAUGCCCAUGCGUCGCAUCCCCAUUCAUCGCAUUCCCAGAUGCACAUCCCCGAGCCCGAGAGAGUUAGAAUGAGCCCUUCCGCUGCGCCGGCGUAG